AUGUCUUCGAGUGCAGCCAGCGACGCAGACGAGCCGACAUACGUCUCGGAGAAGCAGCGCAAGGCGACACAGCGCAGGGAGGCCCUCGCCCGCCUCAAGGACGCGUCCUCGUCGCGUGCCGCUCGACAACCCCGCUUCCUCGGCGCAGACGACGACGACGGCGACGACACGGCUGGUGGAGACGUAGACUUCGAGCAGUGGGAGCGCAGGGACCUUGCGAAGCGGAAGAGGGCGCCGGGAGGCGACUCGAGUGCACCGUCUCGGAGCGAUCCUCUCCUCGCGGGCGCUUUCGACGACCUCUUUGACCUCGGCGAGACUAGCGGUACGGCUGGCGAUGGAAAGGUGGAUGUCGACGUCGACGGGACGGGCGCAGAAGGAAUUGACGUCGAGGGAGGGACAGCCAAGAAGCGCCGCAUCGUCGCGAAACUCGACGAGACGAGGUUGCUCGGUCCUUCAGGCUUUCCUAGGCUGCGCGACGACAUCAAGAAGGUCAAGAUCAAAGGCAAGGGGCACGAGAUGCAAGACCUCAAGCGCGUCUUGACUGUGUACCAGCUCUGGUCGCACCAGAUGUACCCGAAGACGAACCUGCGCGAUACGCUGCAGGUGGUCGAGAAGCUGUGUCACAAGCGGACACGCGCUUUGAAGCAGUACCGCGACGAGGAGAAGCACGGCAAGGUGCAGGCCGACGAAGCAGGCGAGGACGAUGCCUUCGCCGACCUCAACCUCCCAAACACAGGCCGAGAUGGCGCAGCGCCAGAGGCCGAUACGCCAGCCGACGCACCUGCCCCACCGCCGGAUCGCGCGCAGAUGAUGCACGACGUCGGCUUCGAGGAGGAGGAGGACUUCUUCGCAGACGAGGAGGCUCUGCUGGCGGAACUCGACACUCAGGCGCGAGAAGGGGCAUUGCCUGCGGGGGGUCCCAACUCAGGCGCACCAGAGCAAGUGGCUGCUGGCGUGGAAGGCAUGGAAGAGGACGACGAAGCGGAAGCAGCGUUGCGCGAGGCUGAGGCUCUCCUGAUGUAG